GGCCAGUGUCCCGCAGCCCCACGCCAGCCCCACCCGGCUGGAGUCCUGUGGCCAGUUCCAGGCUCCUCAGUACCAGAAGGACAAGAAGCUGCUGGGGAGGGUCCAGCAGAGGGUCGCAGAGAGGAUGAGGCGUGUUGCAUCUGAAGCAUCUCUCUAACGCGGAGACUGCCCCAGGUGGGCGUGCUUAGUGUGGAAAAGAGACAGCUGAGAGGGGAUCUCACCAAUCCAUACAAAUAUUUCCAAGGGCUGUCACAGAAUGUGCCAGGCUCUCUCCAGUGCUGCCCAGCGACAGGAUGAGGAGCAAUGGUCGUGAACUAAAGCACAGGAAGUUCUACCGCACCGUGAGGAAGAGCUCUCCAUGGAGGGUGGCAGAGCUCGGAAAGAGCUGCCUGGGGAGGGUGUGGAGCUUCCCUCUCCGGAGACACUCCGAACACACCUGUAGGCGUUCCUGUGUCACCUGUUCCAGGUGACCCUGCCUUGGCAGGGGAUUGGAUUUGGACUCUCCAGAGGUCCCUUCCACCCCAACAAUUCUGGGGUUCUCUGAUUCUGGGGCGGCGGGCGGCGCACCGGCCCCCUCCCCUUUCUCCCUCCCUCUUGUGCCUCUCCCUCCCUUUCUCCCGUCUCUCCCUUCCUCCCGUCCGUCCCUCCGUCCCUCCCUCCGUCCCUCCCUCCGUCUCCUGGCGACGCCGGGGACGCGGCGGCAGCGCUGGCUCCGCGGCCGCUGCCAUGAGCGCCCCGCAGCCCCGUAUUCUUGAAACCUAUAACAGUCUAACAGACAAACACCUGGUUGGAUAUUUCAGCAAUGCCAGGAUAAGACGACAUCUUCAGAAAUCAGGACUGAUCUCAAGGAGCGGAAGAAUAAUACCUGAGAAGGAAUACCGCCUCAAUGCCAUAAGGAGGGACCACCAGAGGCACGUCCAGGAGUGCUUGGCUGAUGCCAUAUAUCAUAAGGUCCUUGAGAUUGAGCAUCAUCGUCAGCUGGGGGUGAACAGGAGACUUGAUUAUUCUGCGAGGAAAGGGACGGUGCAGCCAGUCAAGAUGGAAGGAUUAAUGGGAGAAGUGUCCCACAUAUACUCCCCCCACCCCCCAGUGGCCCCGAGGAACCACCACGCGCUCUGUCCCUUGGUGUCAGGAGAACGAACCGGUCGCUCACAGCGGAGGGGACCCAGACUUAGACUUGACUAUGGUGAUGGACGUUAUUAUUACCGAUCCAAGGAGCCUGCCAUCUCUGAGGUGAGUUCCUUGUGACCAAAUACAGCUCCAGGAAAUAUACAGCAGCCCCCCUGGUCUGUAUCAAAGGCUGCCAAACAGAAGUGCCAUGCACUGGAACAUUAUCGGCAAUUUGCCUGUGGGGGGCAGAGCAGUGAGCCAAGGUUUAGGAAUCCAGUGCAGAACACGGCUGGUUUGUCACCGUACCAGCCCACCAAGCGCCGUCGCCGUGUGGCGCCGGUGCCGCCGCCCCGCCCGCACGUAGGGGACAGGUGCAUCCCUGGCAUCAGACGUGGGCUGCCCGUAGAGAGAUGGUUUCAUCCCACCACUGCUUUCAAUGAACAGUUUUUGAUCAAUAAUACCAACGGGUUCCCCAAGUCCCCAUUAUGCAGCAACGCCUUGGUCACCAUGAUCUACCUAGGAAAGAGUAAGCAUGUGUCACUCCGUGAUCACAAGGAUGAAAUCAAAGUCUAUCAGCAAUACUGUGGAACAGAAAACAUUUGUGUCUAUAAAGGCGACCUGUUGGAAGGAGAUACCUUCCAGUUCAUCUCUAAGAGGUACCUGGGCUACCCGUUCAGCCUCACCUUUUAUCUCAACGGGCUCCAAGUUGACAGGCUGAGCUGUUGCUGUGAGUACAGAGGCUUCCAGAGUAAGAGGCCGUCCCGGCUGCGACGCAGAAACACCUACUUCAGGGUGCUCCAUGUGGCAGGAGCACCUCCUUGCUACAGGUGCUUCCUUGCCAUGGGUCUGGACAAAAAGCUGUACCCUCCCAAGAGGAAGAUUAAGGUCUACACGCGGUCGCACAUGUGCUCCUGCUCUCCCUACUGCGCGCACAGCCUGCCCUGCGGCAGCAGCAGCGCGCUGCAGAAAUCCAUCGAGGGCUCCGUGUCACUCACCGUGCCCAGCCAGGAGGAAAGCGUGGAAACUAUCGACGAAACGCUGGGCUCUGAAGAGGAGUGCUGCGAGGAAGAGGAAGUGGAAGAAGAAGAAGAAGUAGAAGAAGAAGAAGGAGUAGAAGAAGAAGAAGUAGAAGAAGAAGCAGAAGUAGAAACGGUAGACCAAUCUCUUGUGGAGACCGAAGGCACCACUCAGGGAACAACCACCAGUGAAAGUGAAUAUGAUGAAGAUUUUGAAGCAGAUGAAGAAGUUAAUGAAGAGGGACAGACUGGUGAUCAAAUGAAUGGAAUGUCAAAGUCAUCCUCAGAUGAUAAAAACCAUAAUUUAGACUAUGGAAAGGAGAGUGAAACCUCAUCUCAGAAGGCACUGCAGGCCUCUGACAGUGAGAAAGAUAAAAGUGGCAGAUAUUAUGAUGACAGGGACUCUGAAGAUGAUCUACCAGAGAGAAGGCCUGCAGACUCUCUCUCAUCCAUGAGCACUCAGUGCAGCACUGAGACUGACUCUCAGGCUGAAUUGAAGCCAGACCACGUGAAUUGCAAAGAGGACUGCAAAAGUACAUCUGAUAGUGCAGCACAUACACACUAUGGAAAGGAGAAUGGGGAGAAGAAACUGCUCAGAGUGGAGGAAAAUCAGGAGAAUUCUGCACUGGAAAAGAAAGGAAUAGAUGAAGCAGAAAAGACAAAACCAGAAGAUCUAACAGCAAGGGAAGAUACUAGAAUUUUUCAUGAAAACAUAAUGGCAGUUCAGCAUCAAAAUCCUGAGGUUAAUGGGGAAUUCAAACAGACUGGGUCAGGAGAAAGUGACAGAAAUGAGGAGGAGGAGGAAUGUCCUCCAGUGCCUUGGGAAAGCAGGGUGUUGAGCAUGGAGGAUGGCAACCAAGAGUGUCCUUGGUGUGGGGAAGGAGGUGUUUCUGAAGACUGCAAACCAGUCCAGGAGGAAAAAGCAGCCAGAAAGGAUCAUCCUGUGAAUUCUGACCCUGAGCCUGGUGAUUUGUGUGCCAAUGAGGAAGAAAAGAACACAGCAAAUACAGAGUGUGGUGCCAGUGGAGCACCGGAUGGAAGAUUCCCGGCAGAAGGGAGGAGAAGCCUGGAUGUGCAGGAGGCAGCAGGACAGGCGCUGCGAGCAGGGGAGGUGACAGGGCCGGGACAAGCCCUGGAGCAGGACGGGGCUGCUGAGGGAGAAGCUGGCAGCGGAGAGGCCGCAGGAAAAGCUGCAGGGGCGGGGGAUGCGCUGCUCCAGGCAGGCACGGGGGAUGCGCUGGAGGAAUCCGCACCUGAGGAGGGCACCGUGGCACGGGAACAGCCGAAAGGAAAGGGGACAGGGGAGGCAGAGGAGCUGGGCACAGAGGGGUCACCUGGGGAGCAGGAGGUGCUGGUGAAGGGGAUGGACAGAGAGGUGGCACUGGGAAAGGUGGCAGCUGGGGCACUGCCAGGAUGGGAGGCAGACAGAGCCGUGCCCCAGGGGCAGGACGGGGCUGGGGGCACCAGUGAGGAGGAGGCUGCAGAGGAAGGCCUCGAAGGAGCAGUAGGGCCGGCAGCAGAGGAGGAGGUGGGUGAGCCAGGGUCCGAAGCAGGGCAGGGAGGGUCUGCAGGGAAGGACACGGUGGUGGGUGCUGUGUCAGAGGGAGAGGAGCCUGUGGAGGAUGCUGAUGUGGCAGCAGAUGGGAAUGCCAGAGCCGUGGGCCCUGAAGGAAAAAAGGCUGUUGAAGAAGACUUUUCUGAAGGAGAGGAGGCUAUGAGGAAGCCUGGGGUUCUCUGGGAAGCACUAGGGGAUAUGGAAACAGAAGCAAUGCCUGGAGGGGAAGGGUUUGUAAAGCCAAGUCAGUUUUCCCAGCUGAAAGUGUCAGAGGAAGAGUGGAUGGAGAUGGGGAAAGCUGUCCCAGGAGCUGCAGCAGCACUUGAGAGUGCUCAGACUCUCCAGAGAGUGGAGGACACGAUGGAAGAGUCUGUGGAACCUGACAAGGGUCCUCUACUGGAAGUGGCACCUGGCUUAAGGGCACGGGGGGCUGCUCGGGGGGCUCCUGUCACUGAAGGGUCAUCACAGGUGGAGGAGACACUGGCAGUGCAGGAGGAGGAGGAGGGUGCAGCGGAAGCACUUUGGAGUGGAAACCCAUCUGAGGACAGCAAAGCAGAGUCAGAGAGAGCAGUGGAAGGAAAACCCGAAGCAGAGGCGCUGGGAGGGUCUGCAGGGGUGGCCGGAGCGGGCUCGGGGGAGGAAGAGGAGGGCACAGAUGGAGCAGCAGGUUCAAAGGAGCCGGCAGCUGGGACAGAGGGGUGGCUGAGGUGUGGGCAAGUGAGAGGGAAGGGGAGGUCUCCCGGGGAGGGGGUGGUGGGCGAGGCGGCGGGGCUAUGCGGGACCCGGGCAGGGGAGCCCGGGCUGGUGGCCAUCGCUGUGCUGGGCGGCCAGGCCGGGCCAGGAGCCCUGCCCGGGGGGCUGGCAGUGCCCGGGGCGGGCACAGGGGCGAUGGCACAGGAGGGGGUGACAGGAGCAGCGCGGGGGGCACAGAGCGGGGCAGGGGUAGAGCAGGUGGCAGCCACGGCAGGGGGGGCGGGCGGGGAGCCUGGGGGGGCCGGGGAAGGACUGGCCGGGGCACCUGCGGCUGCUGGGCGAGCGGGGAAGCGGGAGGCGGCAGGAGGGGGCGAGGCACGGGGAGCGGGGCCGGCCGGAGCCCAGGGCCGGGAGCAGGAGCCGGGCGCGGAGCCGCUCGGGCCCCCAGGGCACCGAGAGGGGCUCGGAGCAGGGGCGCCGGGGGAACAGCCCGCUGCAGAGAGCGCCCCGAGCGCCCCUGGCCCCGGGCACGGGGGAGUGGCACCGAGGGGGAGAGGAGGGUCCGCGGGAGGCGAGGGGCUGUGCCCGGGCACCCAGCCACAGCCGGCGGCUCCAGGGACAGGCGCGGCGCGGGGCAAGCACGGGCGGCAGGAGGAGGGCAUGGAGCCGGCGGGAGGGGAAGCCGGGGGGGAGCAGCCGAGUGCCCGUGAGAACACGAGAGGGGGCGAGGUGGCCGAUGUCGCGGCGAGUGCCGGGCCCGCUGCUGGAGCCGGGGAGCAGAGGAAGGACAGUCCCGUCGGAGGGAGCCCAGGUGUCCCGGCAGCCGCUGACGUGGGCGAGAGGCGCAGCUCCCGUCAGGUGAGUCCUGCGAGGGGCAGCCACUGCCCCAGCAGUGCCCAGGCUGAUUCCUGUCAGAGACGGAUGCACCCCCUCGUCCCAUUCCUUAUCCGUUCCUUAAAUGUCUGCUGA